GCGCGUCUCGGCGGAGCGCGGUGUCAGUGAUACAGGAUGCUGUUUCCUUUGGUAUUGUGUGCAGUUAUGCUCAUAGGUAGCUGUAAAAUUCAAGAAGAUGAAUGGAUUGACCCCACGGAUAUGCUCAAUUAUGAUGCAGCAUCAGGAACAAUGAGAAGACCUUAUAAGCCAAGCUAUCACGAUUCUGAGGAAACGGCUGUGGAUGAUUCAGUCAGUACUGAAAUCUCAAGUUGUUCCAGGGUAAUAGAUUCCUUGCAACACAAGAUCGCAGAGUGUGAGAAGAGGAAUGCCAAAUCACAUGAGAGCCGUAGCUUUUAUAUUUUUAAACGAUACUUGAAUAAGAUUUUAAAUGAAGCUGGAAAACUUGGCCUUCCUGAGGAAAAUGUGGACCAUGUCCAUUAUGAUGCUGAGAUCAUUCUUACAAGACAGACAUAUUUGGAGAUCCUCAGGUUUGUCAGUGAGGAGGCCUGGCAGCCAGGUGCCCUGGAUGAGGCACUGAGUGAUAUUUUGAUCAAUUUUAAACGCCACGAUGAGCAAGCUUGGCGGUGGAGAUUUGAAGACGCCUUUGGAAUUGAUCUAUAUAAUUUGUUUUUGCUACUCUUGUGCUUGGUGUGCAUUGUAACCGUAAUAACUGCAGAACUCUGGACACGUGUUCUUUGGUUGGUUCAGCUGAAACGUUUUAUAUUAUUAAAUUUUUUCAUCAGCUUUGGAUGGAAUUGGGUUUACUUGUUUAAGAAAGCCUUUGCUCAGCACCAGGCAGAGAUCGCCAAGAUGGGGCAGUUCGAUGAUGUCUGCGCGGAGAAGCUGGACUGGAAGGGAAGUCUCUUUGAAUGGCUUAGAAGUGUAUGGACAUUUCGGGAUGAUCCCUGUCAGAAGUAUUAUGAAACUCUGCUUGUAAAUCCUGUUUUGCUGGUUCCACCAACAAAGGCUUUGGCAAUAACUUUCACCCACUUUGUAACUGAGCCUUUGAAGCAUGUAGGACAGGGUAUUGGUGAAUUCAUCAAGGCACUUAUGAAGGAGAUGCCGGUAAUUCUGCAGGUUCCAGUGCUCAUUAUCAUGGCUCUGGCUGUCCUGGUAUUUUGCUAUGGUGCAGGAUCAUCAGUGUCUGCAUUAAGAUACUUAAUGUCCUCUCAGAAGAGAAGUCUUCCUCCACCUGCCACUGAGCAGGAGCAAAUAGCCUUUGGGCGGUACGAUGGGAGGACAGUAGAAGAGUAUUAUGUGCAGAGGCAUCAGUGUGUCCCCAGAGGCCACCAGGACAGAGGGGAUGCUUCCACGAGGCCUCUCCCCACAGGGAGAGCGAGCAAUGGCAGCAGGAGCCUGGACACGGCACACGCCAGCGACGAGCUGGAUGCACAGAACAGGUUGUACACCGAAUCUGAAGUUCGACUUGAAACUCUCAAAGCUGAAAACUUUACUGAAGAAGCUGCAAUUAAACAGCAAAAACAGGAGACAGACAAAGCAGAGGGAGAGACUGGAGGAAACGGUGACCCUGAUAAAAACCUAGAAGGGAAAAGUUCUGCUGUGGAACCAUGUGAAGAGAAGAAAGAGAAUGUUUUACAUGCCUCCCAGGAAAGAGACUAAGGAAGACCCAGGCUCUGCUGUGGGGUAGAGGAUGUUGCCACUGAAGCAGCUGGGAGUCUGUUUUUCUCCUGGAAGCAGCACCUCUGAUCAUCCAUCCUGUUACUCUGG